UUUCAAACAAAAUGGCAAAGCAAACAUAAAACCGGAGCCGAAUAUAAAAAUUCAGUUGGGGCAAAACUCGAACGAAAUUAGGGUUUUUGUUCAUUUCCUUGUUCGUCAUUGACUCAUUGUCAACGCUUCGCUCUCCCUUCAGCUCCGAACUCGGUCUCUUCUGUUUCCAUGAAGCUAUAGCAUUCUGGUUUUCCAUGCUCUGUUUUCCCUAGCCCCAAUUGAGAGACUCAAGGCUGGGGAGUCACGGAGCAGCAGAACAAGGUAUCUCAUUGUAUUCCCUGUUCAGUACAAAUUUGGAUUGUAUGACCAAGUUGAAAAAAUUCCAUAGUAAACAGGAUGGAUCUAAUCCUGUGGCUGAGACUCUUGCGAAGUGGAAAGAGCUUAACGACAAUCUAGAAUCAUCCAAUGAUGGGAGUAAACCAACUCGCAAAGUUCCUGCCAAGGGGUCUAAGAAGGGAUGCAUGAAAGGUAAGGGAGGACCUGAGAAUUCUCGAUGUAACUACAGAGGUGUUAGGCAGAGGACAUGGGGCAAGUGGGUUGCAGAAAUCCGCUCACCAAAUAGGGGAAGUAGGCUCUGGCUAGGUACCUUUCCAACUGCAAUUGAAGCUGCUCUUGCCUACGAUGAAGCUGCAAGGGCCAUGUACGGUUCCUCUGCCCGUCUCAACUUUCCGAAGGUUACGAUCUCCAGUUACUCAACAAAUUCUUCUUGUAGAGCAACUAUAUCGGCUCCUUCCUGUGUAGUGACUUCUGCAGGUUCAGAAUCAUCAGGUCACUCUGAGGAUUUUUCGCCUCAGGAUAAGGUGAAUUCUCAUUCUCCUCACGUAGUGAACACUGAUGUUAUCGAUCUAAAUCAAAUGGAUCUAAAUCAUACUGAGGAGGAUGAAUGAAGAAUCAGUUAUUGGCCUUCUUGGGCAUAAAUGUAUAUGUUUAGUAUAUUAUACUUGGGUGAUGGGGGAGGGUUUUAGUUGUUCUACAUGGCUGAUGAGCUAUAUGGUGGAGGGUAGAGUUUGCUUUUGUAUCUUGGACAUGACUGGAGUUUUGGUAACUUAAGAUUAAGCAAUUUUCGUUUUCA